AUGAGUUGUGCGAUGAUGAUGACGAAGAUGAUGAUCCAAUCUCGUUCGUGUCCCUUCUCCUCUUUUGGGAAGGAGGCGAAAUGGAAAUCGUUUUCAUCAACAACAACAAGAGAAAAGAGGAAAAGUCGAGUUCGGCGCGACGCCUCCGCUUCCACUGUCUUGAACGAGUACGAAUCGAUUUUAAACCAAUCACCAAUGCUAGUGAAAUCGGUCACUUCUUUAUUCGGUUUUGGUAUCGCCGACGUUGUCGCGCAAACUUUGACAACACUGACAUCCGCAGACGCGAGCAGGGGUUCGCUCGUGUAUUUGGACAAAGCACGUACCUUUCGUUUUGCUGUAUUUGGUUUCCUCUUUUACGGUCCGACAUCAUCAAUUUGGUACUCUUCCCUCGACACAUAUGUAUUUCCCGACGCUCCAACGAGUGGUCUCGCUGUAGCGUCGAAAGUACUCGCGGAUCAAAUUUUGUGGGCACCGGUGUUGAUCUCUUGCCUCUUCGCCUUCGAUCUUGCCUUCGAUGCUUCCGAAACGAAGAAACCGAGUUUGUCAAAGAAGAUAGAAAACGAUUUGCUUUCAGCUCUAAAAGUGAAUUGGAGUUUUUGGCCACUCUUCCACUUAUUUUCCUUUCGAUAUGUCUCCACGGAAGACCGAAUUCUGUAUAUCAACUGCGUUCAAAUCGCGUUUAAUGUGUUUUUGGUCUACACUUCCAGCCGAAGAGAGGAAGAAAAAGAAGAACCAAAGAACCAAAAUAGGGGGAGUUAG